CGUGACCGGGCUUCCGUAUGAGUGCAUGUGUCUUGUCUCUUGUGUCUCUGCAUCUGCAAGGACUGCAAAGUCUGCCAGAAAAAAAAAUCUCAACUGAAUUCACCAACCUGUACCAACUGGUAAACUAAACUGGUGUGUAAAUGUGACACACUCUACCCUUGCAUAUUUUUUUACAACGAGGUGAAAAAAGGGGGAGGAAGGAAAGAAAAAACGGAGACGCGUGCGAAUAAAAGGUGCCUGAGUGAUUAACCAACUACAACCCGGACACCCGUGGGUCGUGGGAGUGACACGGAGGACACCGAGGACACGUCAAGAAGGCGGCAUCAACUGAUAUCUGAUCAUCACAUUACACAAACCAAUCAUCCUUGUCACUAUCGCGAUCGUACAACGUCAUAGUCGAGGAUGUGUAAUAUUUAUUUGUGAUGUGCUGUGUCGUGGCUGAUGAUAACGAAAGAAUACAACUCUGUUGAUAGUGUUAAUGUUAUUUGGUGCCAGCUGCGUAGGAAGUGUGCCAGCAGGAUGGGCAAACUCUUGUCAAAGAUCUUUGGCAACAAGGAGAUGCGCAUUCUCAUGUUAGGUUUGGAUGCAGCAGGCAAGACCACCAUUCUGUACAAACUUAAAUUAGGACAGUCAGUGACAACCAUACCUACUGUAGGUUUCAAUGUGGAAACAGUCUCGUACAAAAACGUCAAAUUUAAUGUAUGGGAUGUGGGAGGUCAAGAUAAAAUUCGCCCGCUGUGGCGUCACUACUACACGGGAACACAAGGACUAAUUUUUGUAGUCGACUGUGCUGACAGGGAUCGAAUUGAUGAAGCGCGGCAGGAACUUCAUCGGAUCAUCAAUGACAGAGAAAUGCGAGAUGCCAUUAUUCUUAUAUUUGCCAAUAAACAGGAUCUUCCAGAUUCGAUGAAGCCACAUGAGAUCCAAGAAAAGCUCGGCCUCACGCGGAUACGAGACCGAAACUGGUUCGUGCAACCAUCUUGUGCCACAACGGGCGAUGGCCUGUACGAAGGUCUUACGUGGCUGACUAGCAAUCACAAAUUAUGAGCUGGUAACCAAAACACCAAUAAAGUUUUCUCUCUCGGAGCGUGUGUAUCGUGAAACAGACCCUCCCUCGAGUAAAAACAACACUAGAAACGACUCGUCGAAGUAUCUUCGAUAUGGUAAAUUAUAUGUGCAUACAUAUAUCAUUUAUAUACAUAUACAUGUGUACAUAUAUAAUUGUGUUAAAAAGUUAUGAAUGAGAUGCUGGAUAAUGCAUAAAAUUAAAUAGUUAACGUAGUGAUUUUCGUGGACUUUGCUAAAGACAAAAGAAUGAUGUAUAAAAAGAAACAAUGACUAAUUAAAAAUAAGCACAGGUGCGAAUGAAGCUCAUUAUUACAGCUUAAAAAAUGCAUAUGAAUGAGAUAUCAACCCUGUAUUUCUUAAUACAUCCUUUGCGAAGUGUAACAAUUAUAGACGUCAAUAAUCUUGUAAAAAAAAAAAAACCAACAUGGAAAUAAGUAUAAAUUUAUGCAUAGCAUGACAGAAACAAAUUUAUCAACGACCAAUAAGAUUUUGCUUUCCAGUUUUUGUACAUGCAUUCCCCUUCUUUUUUGUAAACCUAGCACAACAUACCCACACUGAUAAUAAUGAAACGAAAAAUUUGACUAAACAUCGAGUGAAUGCCAAAAUGUACCGGUAAACGUAUUUAUACCAUAUCUUAAUCAAAAACUUCCAUGUACUUUUUAUUACGAGCGAGAAAACGUUAGAGAUUAUUUUUGUGUCAUUUAUCGAUAUAGAAAAAGUAAUUUAUAAGCUCGAGCGUUGCUUAGCAAAAAAUCGAAGUGUAUGGAAAUCAUUAAAUCUCUUAACUCGCGUGAUCUUCAAGUUUCGAUGGAAUUGACUUUCCCAUUAGAAUGCAACUGAAUCGAAAUUUGGACAUCAUUUUGUAAAUUACAGAGAUACUUGUAAAGAGAAUAAAAAAAUAACUUAGUAAAAUGAUUAUGAGUUGACAUCAUAAUAAAUUCUCUUUUAUUUUUUACUAUUAUUUUCUAGCUCAUGGUAUCAAUUCUUAAUCGCACGUUGAGCAAAUCGCUGAGUGAUCAUUGCUCAACAUUUUCACGUGCCCAAGGAUUUACUCAUUGAGUCUCCUUUGAUUAUCAAUAAAUAGAGAAAAUAAAAAAAAUUAUGAUAAAUAUAUUAUACAAGUAGAAAGAAAGACUUUCUGUGACGAGGUUUUGUGCCGAGUGUUAAUUUUAAGAAAUCAAAUAUAGGAUGAAAAUUAUUUAUGUUGAUUUAAGUACCAAAAAUGAAAAAAAAAACGUCUAACCUAGAGGAGUAGAGGUUUUCUGCGACUGUCAAUAAUUCUUAAUUCUUAUACUCUGUCUUGUAUAGCAAAAGUGUUCAACAAUAGUUCAUUUAUAGUCAAUGGGGGUAGAUAAGUAUAAUUUAACUUGAAGGAUAUACAUUUUUUAAGGAUCACAUGCUUUGUAAUGUUUAAAUACUUAAUUAUAACUGGGACAUUAUUUGGAAUCGCUUAAGCAUCACUUAAAUAAGUAUGAGUUUUAAUUAAAUUAUUUGUUAGUUUUAAUUUUCUAAUGUUAUUUUACCAUAAUUAAUAAUAUCAAAAAGAAUAACAGUUACUUUAAAAACGCUUCGCCUUUGUAUAAAUCGUAUAGCUGCUUUUGUAAAAUAAGAAUUUGCUUAUUUAUUAUUUUAUUACAGUUUUUCAAAUAAUUUAUCAGAAUUAAUCAACGAUUUUUCGGAGAUACUAUGUAAUCUUAAAAAAUUUAUUACACUGUGAAAAAUCAAUUACAUUCCAUGAUUUACCAUGAUGAGGAUACGUUUGAAAUUAGCAAAAGUUAGACAUGGUAAUUUUUUAUUUGAACUGAUAAACUAGAAUUAAAAGUACCAUUUGAAAGUUACAUAAUCUAAGGAAAAAAAGACUAUUAUUCUUCAAGAUAUAGGGAAAGAGUUGUGGGAAAAGUAAUUUUUCCUCCUGCUUUAGCAUAUAUUGUAUAAAUAUUAUGAAACAAUUGGAAUGUCGAUGAAUUUAUCAAAGCUAUUAUUUUUAAAUCAAAAUGUCAAAGGCACAAAGUAAAAAAUUAUAUUUAUAUAUAUAUAUACAUUAGUUUGU